UUUGCGCGGAGACAGUGGAGAGCCUCCCUGUCUGUCAUAAACCCUAGCCCCCACCCCCGCCCCCACCCCCAAAACCCUAGUAGCCAUACCAGGAGAAAUGGAUCUCCAAGACAACAACGCUGGCAAGUUCGACGCCCGGAGGCCGACCAAGAUCAAGUUCGACUACGAUGAAGAAGACGACGCUCUCGACGAGAGCUGCUCCAACCUCGACGACGACGCCUUAAUGUGCGACCCCGACGACUCCUUCCUCGCGGCCGACAAGACCAGCGCCGACUACUACUUCGAUUCCUACUCUCACUUCGGUAUUCAUGAAGAAAUGUUGAAGGACGUAGUGAGAACUAAGACAUACCAAAAUGUAAUAUAUAAAAAUACUUUUUUGUUCAAAGACAAAAUAGUACUUGACGUUGGUGCUGGUACUGGAAUUCUGUCACUCUUUUGUGCAAAAGCAGGGGCAAAACAUGUUUAUGCGGUUGAGUGCUCCCACAUGGCUGACAUGGCACAAGAGAUUGUCAAAGAAAAUGGAUUUUCAGAUGUUAUCACAGUUUUGAAGGGAAAAGUUGAGGAAAUUGAGCUUCCAGUCACUCAAGUUGAUGUCAUUAUCUCAGAGUGGAUGGGAUAUUUUUUAUUAUUUGAGAAUAUGUUAAAUACAGUUCUCUAUGCUCGCGAUAAAUGGCUUGGCAAUAGUGGAGUUGUUCUUCCAGACAAAGCUUCUCUCUAUUUAACUGCUAUUGAGGAUGCUGAAUACAAGGAAGAUAAGAUUGAAUUCUGGAACAAUGUAUAUGGCUUUGACAUGAGCUGUAUCAAGAAGCAGGCUAUGAUUGAACCUCUUGUUGACACUGUUGACCAAAAGCAGGUUGUUACAAAUUGCCAGUUACUGAAGACAAUGGACAUUUCCAAGAUGGCUACGGGGGAUGCUUCCUUCACAGCUUCGUUUAAGCUUGUGGCAGAACGUGAUGAUUACAUCCAUGCUCUUGUAGCAUACUUUGAUGUGGCUUUUACAAAGUGCCAUAAAUUAACUGGCUUCUCUACAGGGCCAAGAUCUAGGGCUACCCAUUGGAAGCAAACGGUAUUGUACCUGGAAGAUGUGCUUACCAUAUGCGAAGGAGAGGCCCUAGUCGGAAGCAUGACCGUGGCACAGAACAAAAAGAAUCCUCGCGAUGUUGAUAUACUGGUCAAGUAUUCGUUGAAUGGCCGGCGCUGUGUCGUCUCAAGAAGCCAACAUUACAGAAUGCGCUAGCUAGUUUGUUUGGUCACUACCCGAACAUACAUUCAUUGUGAUUGUGUUACUGCAAUUCUAUUGCUUAUGAAGAUGGGAUGGGAUGGGAGAUGCUGCAGCACUAAAAAGCCGCCCGCUCACCAUCUUUGCUUGGUUUUGCUUCUCUAUUUGAAAUGUGACAUUGCAAUGUGAGCUUCAAAAAUAUUUUGAGUAUUCAGUUCAUCAUUUGCCUUC